CAUAAAAGGACUGUGUCGAAUCUGUAUGUACGGCUUGAGUCAGUGGACUUGUACUUUGACCCAUCUUUCGUUAUUGUCUUCAGCUUGACUUAAUCGAGGCUGUGUGGAACUCUUCACUUUCAGCUCGGCGCCUAGAAGGUGGAUCAUUACCUAGAGCAAUCAUCAAACCAGCCGUCCAGUCCUUUCGCUGAUAAGGAUAGAUAAUUUAUCUAGAACGUGCUUUCCCAGUGACUUUAAUUUUGUCACCCUUUACGAUAUACUCUUCAUUAUCGCACCAUUCCUAACACGAGGUCUAGACCCACUUGCUUUCUAGAUGAUGCUCCCCAUGGUUCCACGCUUCCGUGGGCUCAGACGCAGACAGUCGAAUUCCUCUAACGACGAGCCCGAGCCCCAAUCUAAUAUGGGCAACCAAAAUAGCACCGCUGACGACAACCAUGGACCGACUGACUCGGAGAUCUUCUACCCCGAACUCUACGAUGUGCUUAAAGUUCGGUAUCUGCUGCGAUGGAAGAUAAUCCCUGAAGGGUUACCCGUUGAGAUUGUCGAUUUGAUCGUGGAUGCGGCUGAAUAUUGGCCCUCCAUCGAGGCUACCUUGGAUCAAAAGAGAAUUAUUCACCAGGACAAAGAUCAGGUGUUGGUCAGGACAGCACCACUGUGCUAUGAUGAAAAUACAUUGGGCAGUGACUCGCCUAAAGUUCUCCCUCACCGGACUAUUCAUCCUUGUCGGAAGAUUGUCUUCUCCAUCGCCUCGCAUGACCAGGGCUUUGUUAACAGCGGGCAUGGCACGUUUGACGGAUCUUAUACUUGGUUUGACACCGAAGUUGUCCCCUUCGAGAAUUUGCCAACGUCUGGAAAUUCAUCUAUUCCCGAGCGAGAUGCGAACGGGGUCCGGUUUGGGCAAGAUCAUCCUCUUCUCCUGCCCAGCUCCCACAAACUCCAAGCGAAUCGAGCGGCGGCGAGCGGAACCCAGCAUUAUCAUAUCGCCUGGCAUCAUCUUGACAACAUCAGCGCCGAUUCAGCGGAAGCGGAAGAAAUCCAGCAUAACCAAGGUCGAGGACGAGCCACGCUCGAUGGCAGUCAAGUGCGUAAUUUGCAGAUUGGCGAUACAAUCGCCGUCUGGGGUCGAGCACGGUUUGGGGCAUGGUCGAACCAUGUGGAACGGUUGUCAGUGCGGGUAUUUUGGGCUGUGUAAAGUUGGUGGCUCCUUAUUGUCCCCUGCGUCUCCCGGCUGGACUGGUACAUAUAUACAUAGAGAAUCAGUGAGAGGGAAUGCUAGGUAUACGAUAGUAAAUAGAUAUCAAGGCUGGACCUGUGAGAUAUUGUUGGAUCAUUGGGUGAAUGGGGGUAACUCAUGAAUGAUAUGUAGUUCCCAGCAUUUUAUUAUUUCAUUUUAUUUAUUUAUUUA